GCGCAGGAGGUGGGACCUGAGGCGGGAAGGCUCCGGGACGCCGGCGCACGCGGAGCGGGGACCGGGGAGAGCGCGCCGCCGAGAGGAGGAGCCGGUCGCGCGUCGGGAGAGCGGGGGAAGUGGUCCCCGGCAGCCAGGCUCCCGCGCCGAGCCCAGCCCAGAGGCUUUGGGGUCGCAUCCCGCGUGCCUGCAGCUGCUGUCGCCCGGGAGCAGCAGCUGUGCCCGGAGGAAGGAGGAGGAACUGCAGCUGGACGGUGGCAGCUGGAGGAGCCGCACAGCUGUCCCGUGUGCCGGCGAGAGGGCCGCACUCCCCACGCGGAGCCGCGCUGGGGUGACCCGCUGACCGCGGCCAUGCAGCCUUGACUGAGUCGCUCCGGAGCGCAGGGGACAGGCCGCGGGGCGCGCCCUCUCGGGAAGGGGCUCUGGGGCGCAGGCAGCGGCACUUCACCUCGGAAGCCCAGCGGGGAGCGAAGCCACUUACCAUGGAACCCGUGACCAGGUGGACCCCCAAACAAGUGGUGGACUGGACUAGAGGGUUAGAUGACUGCCUGCAACAGUAUGUCCACAAGUUUGAGCGAGAGAAGAUCAAUGGCGAGCAGCUGCUGCAGAUUUCCCAUCAGGAUCUGGAGGAGCUGGGGGUCACACGGAUCGGACACCAGGAGCUUGUGUUGGAGGCUGUCGAUCUUCUCUGUGCACUGAAUUAUGGCCUUGAAACUGAUAAUAUGAAGAACUUGGUUCUGAAGCUGCGAGCUUCUUCCCACAAUUUACAGAAUUAUAUAAGUAGCCGGCGGAAAAAUCCAGCUUACGAUGGGAACACUUCCCAUAAGCCCCCCAACGAGUUCCUGACAUCCGUAGUGGAGCUCAUCGGUGCUGCUAAGGCUUUGCUGGCGUGGCUGGACCGGGCUCCAUUUACAGGGAUCACUGAUUUCUCAGUAACGAAGAACAAAAUCAUUCAGCUGUGCUUGGACCUGACCACUACAGUCCAGAAGGAUUGUCUUAUAGCGGAGAUGGAGGAUAAAGUUUUAACUGUGGUCAAAGUUUUAAAUGGCAUCUGUGACAAAACAAUCCGAUCUACCACGGACCCUGUUAUGAGCCAGUGUGCAUGCCUGGAAGAGGUUCACUUACCAAACAUUAAACCUGGGGAAGGCUUGGGCAUGUACAUCAAAUCAACCUACGAUGGACUGCACGUGAUUACCGGAACCACAGAAAAUUCUCCUGCGGACAGAUCUCAGAAGAUUCAUGCCGGGGAUGAAGUCAUCCAAGUUAAUCGGCAAACUGUGGUGGGGUGGCAGCUAAAAAAUCUGGUGAAGAAACUGAGAGAAAAUCCCUCAGGAGUUGUUCUGCUGCUGAAGAAGCGUCCCCCCGGGUCUUUCAACUUCACCCCUGCCCCCCUGAAGAACCUGCGAUGGAAGCCGCCCCUGGUCCAGACCUCGCCUCCGCCCACUACGACCCAGUCCCCGGAAAGCACCAUGGAUACCUCACUGAGGAAGGAGAAGCCAGCCAUCCUGGACCUGUACAUUCCACCCCCGCCAUCUGUUCCUUACUCUCCCCGGGAUGAGAAUGGGAGUUUUGUUUAUGGAGGAAUCAGUAAGUGUAAGCAACCAUUGCCUGGUCCUAAGGGUUCCGAGUCCCCAAAUUCCUUCUUGGACCACGAGAGCCGAAGACGAAGAUUCACCAUUGCCGACUCUGAUCAGUUGCCUGGGUAUUCUGUAGAAACCAAUGUUCUGCCCACAAAAAUGAGAGAGAAAACUCCAUGUUAUGGGAAGCCCCGGCCUCUGUCCAUGCCUGCGGAUGGGAACUGGAUGGGGAUUGUGGACCCUUUUGCCAAACCUCGAGGUCAUGGCAGGAAAGGAGAAGACGCCCUUUGCCGGUAUUUCAGUAACGAGCGGAUACCCCCCAUCGUCGAAGAGAGCUCCUCUGUCCCGCACCGGUUCUCCAGACCCACGACGGAGCGGCAGCUGGUCCGUGGUGCAGACUACAUCCGAGGAAGCAGGUGCUACAUCAACUCAGAUCUCCACAGCAGCGCCACGAUUCCAUUCCAGGAGGAAGGGACCAAAAAGAAAUCUGUCUCCUCAGCCUCGAAGUCCUCGGCCUCAAAGUCCUCGUCCACGGAACCGUCCCUGCUGGUCAGCUGGUUUACUCGCCUGAAACUAUUGACUCACUGAGAGCUGCCCUGCUCCGGGUCCUGCCCGCUGCUGCCCCAAGUGCCUUGCUCCGCAGUGGACAGCCUCUUCCCAUCUCACCCACAGUAUUAGGGAGUGACCUUCUGCAUUCUCAUUUUCUUUUCUUUUUGGAAAGUUCUAUACUGCCCUUCUUGGAAGUUUGAGGUAAUUGAAUGGGAACAAAUCCAGAGGAUCUUAGGUGCUGGCUUACGGGGGCCCAGGAGGGAAAUGGACAGAGCCUUCUCUUCCUGCUUUCUCAGAGACAGAACAUGGAGACACACUCCAUAAAUCAGAGCCGCGGCCAGAAAUGUUCUGGUCAUUGUGAGAAACUGUUGGCAUUGUUCCUUUUGGGAGGUUGGGGGACUAAAAUUGGUGGCUAUUGUCGUACAGAUGUGUUGGUUUGUGGUCCAACUUCUUUACCUAAAAAAGCCAGUGGAGAAAACGUCUUUGUUUUGAUUUUUAAGGCUAUGUGCCACAUUUGUAAGUGCAGGAGUUUGGCUUUGAAAAUAACACGUGGCAAGUGUCUCCUGCUCUCCAAACAGAGGUGUAAGUGUAGGCCCGUUACACUUGAUUCAUUUCCAUUUUUGUAAGUCUCAGUAUAGGUCAGUUAAUACAAACCACAUGAACACAUUUUGAUAGGGCUUAUUACACACAAAGAACUGUAUGUUUAUUUGUGAGGGGUAUUGUUGUUGUUGUUACAUAUUAUUGUCUGUAAGGGAAGGAAGCUAUACGAUUUGCUGACAGCCAAAGUAUCAUUCAGAAACAUGAAACAAGAUUUGGGUUAAUGAGACAUAGAUCAGUUUGCAUUUCACCCUGUCCAAUGUCUAUCUUCCAGAAAAGAAUGUACAGUUCUUUGAAAUUGUACACAUUUUGCUAACUAGAAAUAUCUUGGAAAGCCUUGUGGUCACUAAUUUUCAACUUGCAUCAGGUAUUUUGGAAAAGCGUGUCUGGAUAUUAACUCUUGUUUAAACUGAAUGUAUGAUAUUUUGUUAGAAUGGAAAAGUACUAUCUUGUUAAUUUAAGUGUUUUAAAUAUAGUUGUAUAUUUUUCUUAUUCUUA